CAGGAUCAAUUGAGCAGAACUGUAUAUAUAAGGUGGAUGAGUAUGGCUUCUUCAUUUAUUGGAAAAGUGAAGGAAGGGAAGGGCAAGUUCUUGACUUAUCACAAGUAAAUGACAUCAGGAAAGGAAUAAGUGCACGGGAUAUGAAAGACCCAAGUUACUAUGAUAAACUACAGAAGAUGAUAGACCACAAAGGGGACUUGAAUGACAGAACUGUGACAGUAUGCAGCGGUCUGGAUCUCGUCAAUAUUAGCUACAUGCGGAUGACCGCAUCAGACGCAUACACGGCUCAGGCAUGGGUUGAUGGUCUGCAGUCAAUCACUCAUAAUUUCAAGGCCAGUAAUGUAUGUCCAAUGACAAGUUUGAUGAAACAUUGGAUGAGAAUCCAUUUCCAAGUAAACCCGAACGGAAAAAUCCCAGUGAAGAGUUUAACCAGGACAUUUGCCUCAGGAAAAACAGAGAAGAUUGUUACUAAGUCUUUAGAAGAACUUCAACUACCAUCAAAUAAGCCUAUUAAGCCUAGUUUCUAUAAACUUACUACACUGUCACUACAGCAAUCGCUACCCUAUAUAGCUGUCACCAAUGUAUUUGGAAUGCUCUCUGAUUCGUCAUUGACAAAUCGGCAAAGUUAG